AUGCACAAUCACCUCAUAACAUACUCACCCAUCGCUCAGCCCGCCAUCCGCGCACAAACGAGCUCGCUUAACAACCUCCAAGCUCGCUCCCUCUCUGGAACAGAGCUAGCCCUGCCACCUUCAACACCGUCCGACAUGAUGCAUCUCGAAACGUACAUACCAACGACGGGUUGCCCGAAUGAGCAAGUUCACUCUGGCUUCUACUCCCCUUCAGCACCGAUCGAUCUCAAUACCGGAGAAUCCACUAUCCCCGGCGAGCCAAAAAUCAACCCCGGUUCAAUAUUCGGCAAAUUCGCACCACCUACUGAAUGCCCCGAGCUCGCCGAGCUCUUUCGCAAGAACCGUAAAGAGCUCACCAGUGAACUGAGCACGCGCCACUCGGGAAUCGAAGCUAUCCUUGAAAGCUGGGGAAGCAAGAUUGACUUAUAUCGCGACAAGGAACCUCCAGUGAUGCACCCCCAGGAAGAGCGCCGCUUGGAACUACUCAUGUCGAUGAUGAUGCAGAGUCUCGCCACAUCCAUCUUGAAGAAGCAUGGCGCACCAAUGCUGGAGCAGAUCAUGACGGAGUACAAUCGGAUGCGGACAGGCGAUGAUCCGAUUAUCCGGGUGACAGACGUAGCUGAGUCCGGUGAAGACGUGAUCGGCGAGAAAGACGUCGGGAGAGAGGACAUCAAAGCAGAAUAUCCCACUGGCUAUGUCGGGAGCGAGGGAGCCGCUGGGGAAACAGGCUUUGUGGAGCACCGCGUCAGGCAGGAAAGCUCGCGGGAUGACUGUGACAGUGGAGGUGACGCGAGUGCCGAUGAAAUCGGUGAAGUCGACAACAGAGAGGGAACCCUCACUGCAGACAAGCCCGUACCGUGGGGAGUCACAUCAGUCGCCGAUGACUUGGUAUGGGUUGAGGCCCUGAAGGCGAGCCUCCAUCGGACAGCAGAUGUGCUGAGGAGGAUCAAGGGGGGCCAGCCACCUCCCAGCCGAGCGACAGAUGAGCCGGUAUGUUGUCCUUCGUUACCAUCUGGUCGAACACUCAGGACGAAGACCAGCUCUAUCGAUCGCGGUGCCACGGUUCCCUCGCACUUCCGGCACUCUCCGUCCGAGCCCGACGUCGCCGAGCUGGCUACUGGCCGCAGCGACUCAUGUUUCGACCCCGUUCCGGCCGAAGACCCCCACCUCAUGGCGCUGGCAACCAAGAACGAAUUCGAUCUAGCCUGGCUCAUCGAAACGCGGUACCGCAAAGACGCCAGUGCGCAAAUGAGAGACUGGCUCUCCUCUUUCGGUACUGCUUCGAUGGCGAAACGGACGUGCGCUGCGUACCAUCUCACUGAACUAAUCGGCAAAGACAUGUGGGCCAGCGCUCAACUGACUGAGUCGGCUCGCAGGGACGAGAGACAAAGCCCUGCCGAUCGCCUGGGGGACAUGCUAGCUCAGGUCAAUGAGGCCGGUUGGGCGCCUGAAGGGUGUGCAGCUUGCCGGUCGACCGAGCAGUGUUUGGAGACCACAGGAGAGAUGUUGCAGGAGCUGAACGCGGACUUCGCGCAGGAAACCGGCGAGACAGAGCAGGAUCCCAAUCCAGCGCCUCGAAUGGCUGAUCAGCAUGAAGAGCAGGGCGGAGCAAAGAGGCCAGCGGAGCACACUACAACACAGCGGACUGAGGGAUCUGUCUUUACAGGCUCCCCUCGAUCGCACGCAGACCCGCGGAAUGGAGACCCUCUCCAAACGGGCAUCCUUCAAGAGGAAUCUGAGGCUGACUUUGAGGAACGAGGAGAAUCAGGCGGUUCCGACGAUUCACAGAUGGGCAGGAACGAUCCUGGCCCAUCGAUAGCAAGUACCUUCACAUCCUUGCCUCCCUGGAUGGCCGGUCUCGGACUGGGAGCAGCAGCAGCGGCCAGUUUGGCCUUGUGGAAAUACUGGCCGACGACGGAGGAAGCGGGCGAUGCUUGA